AACGACAACUGAAUUCGACCGUCCUCUUCAGUGCCUUUCCCUUCUCUAAAUCUGCCAUUUCCGUCUUCCAAAUCAUCGCGGUUUUUUACGCCGGGAAAUAAUGAAUGAACGCAGAGAGCCUGGGAGGUUUGUUUAUUUAUAGUCCAAGCAGUCUAAUCUAGUUUAACUAGAUGCAGCGGCUAUCUUGGGCUGCCAGGGAAGAAGCAAGGGGAAGGCAGCGCGGGGAGAGGGCAGAGCCUGGGCCAGAGGGAGCCACACCCAGCGCCUGCCGACACUGCCAACCGCGACCACAACCAGCGCCUGCCGGACUUUACACCCUACGCCUGGCGAGCAGUGGCCGGAAGUGGCCUCCCGGGAUGGAGGGGGAGGUGCCUCAAGGAGGAGCCAGAGGCGAGCGACCAAUUGGAGACGACUGUGCUCGCGGUAAGGACGGAAGAGGAGAGGUCUAGUUCCGGACGCGGCAGCCGCCGCCAUCUGUCAUCUCAGCUCCGGCACCAGCCGCUGGUCACCCCGGCCCCGUCUGUCUCCUCGGCGGAGCCUCCUGCCCGUCCUGCCACCUCUCUGCUCUGUUCUUAUCGCUGUCUUCUUCCCCCAAUGGAUCUGGUCGGAGUGGCAUCGCCUGAGCCUGGGCCGGCAGCGGCCUGGGGACCCAGCAAGUGUCCAUGGGCUACUCCUCAAAAUACAAUAUCUUGUUCUUUGGCUGAUGUAAUGAGUGAACAGUUGGCCAAAGAAUUGCAGUUAGAAGAAGAAGCUGCCACUUUUCCUGAAGUUGUUGUUACUGAAGGACCAUUUAUUACUGGAGAAAACAUUGACACUUCCAGUGACCUGAUGCUGGCUCAGAUGCUACAGAUGGAAUUCGACAGAGAAUAUGAUGCACAGCUUAGGCGUGAAGAAAAAAAAUUCAAUGGAGAUAGCAAAGUUUCCAUUUCCUUUGAAAAUUAUCGAAAAGUGCAUCCUUAUGAAGACAGCGAUAGCUCUGAAGAUGAGGUUGACUGGCAGGAUACUCGCGAUGAUCCCUACCGACCAGCAAAACCAGUUCCCACUCCCAAAAAGGGUUUUAUUGGAAAAGGAAAAGACAUCACCACCAAACAUGAUGAAGUAGUAUGUGGGAGAAAGAAUACAGCAAGAAUGGAAAAUUUUGCUCCUGGAUUUCAGGUAGGAGAUGGAAUUGGAAUGGAUUUAAAACUAUCAAACCAUGUUUUCAAUGCUUUAAAACAACAUGCCUACUCAGAGGAAAGACGAAGUGCCCGCCUCCAUGAGAAAAAGGAACAUUCUACUGCAGAAAAAGCAGUUGAUCCUAAGACACGUUUACUUAUGUAUAAAAUGGUCAACUCUGGAAUGUUGGAGACAAUCACUGGCUGUAUUAGUACAGGAAAGGAAUCUGUUGUCUUUCAUGCAUAUGGAGGGAGCAUGGAGGAUGAAAAGGAAGAUAGUAAAGUUAUACCUACAGAAUGUGCCAUCAAGGUAUUUAAAACAACCCUUAAUGAGUUUAAGAAUCGUGACAAAUACAUUAAAGAUGAUUUCAGGUUUAAAGAUCGCUUCAGUAAACUAAAUCCACGUAAGAUCAUCCGCAUGUGGGCAGAAAAAGAAAUGCACAAUCUCACAAGAAUGCAGAGAGCUGGAAUUCCUUGUCCAACAGUUGUACUACUCAAGAAACACAUUUUAGUUAUGUCUUUUAUUGGCCAUGAUCAAGUUCCAGCCCCUAAAUUAAAAGAAGUAAAGCUCAGUAGUGAAGAAAUGAAAGAAGCCUACUAUCAAACUCUUCGUUUGAUGCAGCAGUUAUAUAAUGAAUGUACACUUGUCCAUGCCGACCUCAGUGAAUAUAACAUGCUGUGGCACGCUGGAAAGGUCUGGUUGAUUGACGUUAGUCAGUCUGUAGAACCAACCCAUCCUCACGGCCUGGAGUUCUUGUUCCGUGACUGUAGGAAUGUCUCACAGUUUUUCCAGAAAGGGGGAGUUAAGGAAGCCCUUAAUGAACGAGACCUCUUCAAUGCUGUUUCUGGCUUAAAUAUCUCAGCAGAUAAUGAAGCUGACUUUCUAGCUGAGAUAGAAGCUUUGGAGAAAAUGAAUGAAGAUCACGUUCAGAAGAAUGGAAGGAAAGCGGCUUCAUUUUUGAAAGAUGAUGGAGGCCCGCCAGUACUCUAUGAUGAAUAGCACCAACACCCACUGCUUUCAGUGUUCACACAGCAGUGAUUGUCAGCUGCCAACAGCAAAUUAAGUUAUGGGUGACUUGAAAUACCGAAACAUAAGGCGUAUACAAUGGUGCUUCUGUGCUUUUUCCCCCUUGUAACCCAUGUGCCAGAUGUGUGGAAUUCUUAGCUCAGCAUUGAGAGAAUAAAAUGUCACUACCUCUCAUCUUA